AUGACUUCAGAAACUGUGAUAGCACCAUCAUUGUCUACUGCACAGAAUGACGGCACAUUUACCUAUGACAAAGUCAAAUCCACCGCCAAAGAGAGAAAACACUUGAAUUUGAAAAACCCACUGGAUGCAAACGAGAUCAAAUCCAAAAUAUGGAACUACUAUUCGUUGUCAGAAUUGAUUCAAUAUCUAGGACAAAAGGAAAACGACGAUUUCAAGUACAAACGAAUUACUUUACAGUUUCCAGAUAAUCUAAUAUGCGACUCUGCUACCAUAGUGCAUGAACUUCAACGAGAAUUGAACAUUGUCCCGCAAGCCAAUCAAGACACAGGUGAAUCCAAUACCGCUCAAAGAGUCUGGAUACUAGCAGACACCUCCUAUUCUGCCUGCUGUGUGGAUGAAGUGGCAGCCGAGCAUGUCAGAAGCGAUUUAGUGGUGCAUUUUGGGGAUGCAUGUCUAAAUGAGAUUGAUAAACUACAAGCAGUGUUUGUGUUGGGCAAACCUACACUCGAUGUUGAUGCAAUAGUGAAACAGAUAAAAACGGCUUACAGUACGGAGCAGAAAGUAGUUCUCAUGUCUGAUGCUCCUCACACGUAUUUGCUACCCGAGAUAGCGAAGCAAUUGCCAGAUUACGACAUUCUAAUUGCCGACUUGCCAAAAACUUCGAGAGCCAAAAUAAUAGGAUACACGCCACCACCAACAGGGCACAAAAAAUUCAACCGAGUUUUCAACACUGAUACGGUUGAGUUUGGGAAAUACGAAUUGUUUCACAUUACAAGUCCGGAGUCACCACGAUUGCUACAGUUGACCACAAACUUUGCGUCUGUCACCACCUACGACCCGAUCAGUGGCACUGUUUCUACUGGGCCAUUCCCUAAUCUAAUGAGGAGAUACAAGUAUGUCCACCAAGCCAGAAUGGCAGGAACAGUAGGUAUUCUAGUCAACACGUUAUCGCUUGCAAAUACCAAAGUCUUGUUGAACACAAUCAAAGAGAAAAUCAAAGAGGCAGGGAAGAAACAUUAUAUAUUUGUUGUGGGGAAGCCCAAUGUUGCCAAGUUGGCAAAUUUUGAGAGUGUUGAUAUCUGGUGUAUUUUAGGCUGUGACCACCAGGGAAUUAUAAUCGACCAAAUAAACGAAUACUAUAAACCAAUUGUCACACCCUAUGAGUUAUUGCUUGGGUUGAGCGACGAGCUAUCGUGGACAGGAAAAUGGGUGGUUGAUUACAAAAGUGUGUUGGAAGAGUAUGGCAACGAGGUUAUCCAACAGAAUGAAGAUCCUGACACCGACGAAGACUUGCCGCCAGUGUUUGACCCUGUGACUGGGAGAUACGUCAGUACUUCGAAACCAUUGAGACAGAUAAACCAUCUUAUGGUGACGUCUAGUGAGCAAGGCGGUGUAGAUGAUCAUGACAAUCAAUUAGUAAAGAGGUUUUCAAAUGCAGUGGCCAUUAAAGGAACGGUCAGCACGUCUGCUAUUCACUUGCAAAAUAGACACUGGACAGGGUUAGGAAGCGAUUACACUGAGGACGAGAAUGCAGCUGGAGCAUUGGUUGAAGACGGGAGAAAAGGUAUAGCCAGAGGAUAUGAUAUUUAG